GUCUCAUAUGGUCACUGGUGAAGAGCCUAAAAUUGAAUCCUUCCACCUAACGCUAACUGUGACUGGAAGAUACAAUAAGAUACAUAUAUUAGUCACAUGAUUCACAACGCAAUCAACACACCAAUCAGAUGCUCCAAAAACUUGCCCUUCCUCUGCAUCACUUCACUGAACAACUUUCUUUCAGCUCUCCCACACUUUCCAGGAAAAUUUACGUAAAUCAGUUGAGGACCAUUGAUCGAUCAUACGGUGGCUAGGUGGCUUUGAUGGGUUGUCAAAGACCAAUAUGGGGCGUUGAUUUGGAAGUGUUGCUGGUGCUUGGGAUGGUGCUUUUGGCUUUGGUACAAAAGAGCAUGCAGUUGAGCAGAAGCCACCCAAUGCGUGGAGUUGUGGAUAAAGUGAAUGACGGAGGAGGGCCGUAUGUCGGACUUGUCAUGGCUUAUCCUACUGAAGAAAUGGCUCUUCAAGAUUCUGGCUUCUUUCUUCCAAAUUCAGACAUCCCUUCCAUUCAACUGGCAGGAAGAAGAUUCAACAUUGGGAGUAUUAAUGGUGUGGACGUUAUUUAUGUGAUGACUGGGGAGCAAACCGCAAAUGCGGCUUUGACUGUGCAAGCCCUUCUCGAUGCCUUUGAUAUUCAAGGCAUUGUUCAUUAUGGCACAGCCGGGAGUACUAAUGAUUCCUUGUCCUUUGGCGAUGUUAGUGUGAUGAACUAUGUAGCAUUCACCAGUUCUUGGAAGUGGAAGGAAUUCAAGUCAGAGAAAGGGCAGUUGCCAACACUGACAUUUGGAGCCUUCAAUUUUCCAGAAAAAGGAGAGAAUCUGUUGGCAAAGAUAGAGUUCACGCCAGUGCAACUGUACUCCACUGGAAAGCCAAUGGAAGAAAUGUACUGGCUUCCAGUAGAUCCAAACUGGUUCACCAUUGCUGCUCAGCUUCAGAAUUUAACAUUGCAACAAUGUGUAAAUGACACCUAUUGCUUACCUGAAACACCCAAAGUUGUCUAUGGACUGAAGGGCUCCACGGCAGAUAUUUUUCUUGACAAUGCAGCUUACAGAAAGUAUCUAUUCCAACAAUUUAAUGUCUCAACUGUUGAUGAAGAGAGCGCUGCCAUUGUACUGACAUGUUUGACAAAUGGAGUACCCUGCAUUGUGUUCCGAGGAGUUUCGGAUUUGGCUGGUGGGAAUGGAACCCUUUCUUUAGCCAGCCUCAGUUCAUUAGCUUCCAUCAAUGCUCUGACUGUAGCUGUUGAGUUUAUUAGUUUAAUUACCAGAGAAAGUUCAGUUGUUGAUCAAUGAAACUUUAUUGUUAUUAUUUGAGAAAGGGAAACUCCAACCAUUUCACUAAGCAAGAAGAUAUAAACAUUUACCAUUACAAGCUCAGAUAAAGAAAACUAGUUACCUUGAUCAGUCUU